AUGGGGUGCUUACGGCGGCUGCUCCGCAGGGGCCUGCUCGCCAUGCUCCGGUCCAAGAGGCCGUCCGAUGCCGCGGCGGGGGACAAAAACGGCCGUGGAGGGGACGCCAAGAGGCCCAGGCUGGUGGAAACGGAGGGCGCGGGCGGCAGCGGGGGCCAGAACAGGGCCGCGCCGCAGGAGAUCGACGAGGACCUCCACAGCAGGCAGCUCGCCGUGUACGGGAGGAAGACCAUGCGCCGCCUCUUCGCCUCCGACGUCCUCGUCUCCAGGCUCAACGGGCUCGGUGCUGAAAUUGAUAUUGGUCUGGAAUCGCUGGACGUUUUAACCGCUUGUGUUGGGGAUGGAAUGCUCUGCCAGCUAAACUGGGAACUUCUAGAUGCUCGUUUCAGUAUGGAAUGGAACCUGGCGAUGGGGAAUGAGUGCUUGUGCCUUUUCUGUCUAUAUAAAUUUGUUUAUACAAAAGGCUUACCACGUUACUGUAUUCUAGAUGUAGAAUUGUCCUGGAAAAUUCUUCACCAAUGUCCAUUCCAUGUAUAUGUAGAUUAAAUGGUCUAUGUGUUUGUUUUCGUCUAUUGUAUGGAGGCGGUAUUGCCCCAAUCUGGUAGAGAUACUGAUCUGAAAUUGCUGAUUGUUGUUAACCCGUCCUGUUGGGCAUGUAAUGGUCCAUAACAGAUAAACUGGGUAUUGCUGAAUGCUCCUUUGAUUUAUUGAUCAGCGAUGCGAAUGAAACCUGGGGAUGGGGGCAGUGCUUGUGCUGUUUGUGGCUAGCCAAUUCUUUUUAAAUGUUUAUACUAGUUAAAAGUCUUAGCAGGUUCUGCAAGUAAGACGCCACAUUUCUUAUGUGUUAAAAGUCUUAGCACGGGUUUCUGCUGUUACUAACAGAAUAUAAACUAGAUUGAAAAUACAUCACAUGGACAUUAGUACUGUGCUAUGCAUACACCAUCACUAGUAGA